AUGUCCAAUAUCACAAAGUAUAUUUUCUACGGAGUAGUAUGGAUCUUUUUCGUGUUGGGCUCAUCUGUGGAUUGUUGGCAGAAAGAUAAAAAUCUUGAUGGUCAGCUAGCUAAUUUAAAAGAUUACAAUUACGUUGCAUCUCUACAAAAUCGAGCAGGUGAACACAAAUGCGGGGGUAUCAUUCUGACCCCUCGGAAGGUCAUAACUACUUGCCUUUGUGGCAGUAAACUUUCUCUGAUGGAGAUGAGGGUAGUGGCUGGAAGCUCCCAUGUCUCUCCAAUAGUCCCCGGAUACCAGGUGAGGAUAGUAAAAACAAUACAAAAGCAUCCGAGCUGCAAGUUGGGUUCUGACCUUUUCGUUUACGACAUAGCCCUCGUGGACGUCAAGUACGAGUUCAUUUUCAGCAAAUUUCUCAAUGCAUUUCCCACAUUCUAUCGAUACAAACUCAAUACAAGAAACGAGCAAUUAUAUAACAGCGGAGGAGCGACGCAUUUUCAAUUGAUAAUCAGAACUUCUUCGCGCUGCGACUUGGUCGGCUUCGGUCUCGAUCGAUUAAUCAACGAAACUAGUGUAUCUAAAACUGCCAGGCUCAAUAAAGCCGAAGUGACAAUGUUGAAUAACGAAGCGUGUGAUGCAGAAUUGAGUUCGUGUUGCGCCUUUCAGACAAAAAAAUCCGGAAAGGUCAGUCCUAACGGCAAAGCUUGCACGACGACGGCCACUUCUAGGGGAUGCAGAGAAGACGAAGGGUCUCCGUUGGUCUGUGAAAAAAAAGUUUGGGCUCUCUUAUCCAAGACGGUAGAUUGUGGAAAAAGCCCUACCUUAUACCAGAACAUUUACUUCGGUCUACGAAUGUGGAAAGAUUUCAUCAUCUUCCGCUAA